UGCUAGUUUCUAUACGCAUACCAACCUAACGGGACGCACCUUUACUUCACCUCUCCAACGACCCGACAGUGUUGUUGAGUUACCUGAAGUGCUGAGUGUGAUAACUUGUGCGAAAUCUAACGAAAUGAAGUGAUUCUUUCAGUGCCAAAAUGUUCGGAUAAUUAAAAAAUAUCGCAACGGAUUUUUCGAAAAUGUUUGAGAGGAAAUAGCCAUGGAGUGGAGUACCGGCGACCUGAUCUGGUUUGACCCAGGAGUGGGCCACUGGCUCCCUGGCGAGGUCCUAGAAUGUCACAGGAGUGCCAACGUGUUAACCGUCCAAGCAGUCAUCAACGGGAAGCCGCAGACGUUCGCUCUGACGGAGGGCGAGGGCUCGGUCCGGCGCCGCCAGGACCUGGGCCCCGGCGGCGUCGAGGACAUGAUCCAACUCACCGACUUGCACGAAGCCGCCUUAUUAUGGAAUCUCAAGCUGCGGUACGACCGGAACUUGAUCUACACGUACGCGGGAAGUAUUCUCGUGGCCGUUAACCCCUACAGGAUGUUCGACUCCAGCUACGGCAUCGAAGCGGCGCAGAGAUACAGGGGCAAGAUGAUCGGCGCUUUGCCUCCGCAUCUCUUCGCCUUGGGCGCUUCCGCCUACUCGGCGCUGCCCGCCCCCCAGGUGGUGGUGAUCAGCGGGGAGAGCGGCUCCGGAAAGACUGAAUCCACCAAACUCGUCAUGCAGUACUUGGCGGCGGUGGCGCCGUCCGCCCCCAGAGGACAGGCCUUGGUCACGGAGCAGAUCCUCGAGGCGGCUCCCUUGCUUGAAGCUUUCGGGAAUGCGCGAACGGCACGCAAUGAUAACAGUUCGCGGUUUGGGAAGUACCUCGAGGUUUAUUUCAAGUAUGGGGCGAUCGUCGGGGCUAAAGUGACUCAGUACCUUUUGGAGAAGUCGAGGAUUAUCACUCAAGCGCCGGGCGAACGGAAUUAUCACGUUUUUUACGAACUUUUGGGCGGUUUGAGUAACACAGAAAGACAGAAGUACGGUUUAGUCGACGCUGAUAAGUACUUCUAUCUUAACCAAGGGGGCGGCGAUUGUGCGCCGGGUCAUUCCGGCUCGGGGGCCGACUGGGGGGCUCUGACAAGAGCCAUGCAAGUGUUAGGUGUCGGAGAGGCGGAACAAGAAGGAAUAAUUAAGGUUCUAGCCUCGGUUCUGCACUUGGGAAAUGUCUAUUUCCAUAGAAGGCAGCUCCGGCAUGGCCAGGAGGGUGUGGAAGUUGGGUCCGAUGUUGAAAUUAAGUGGGCUGCUCAUCUUUUGCAAAUUUCCCCCAGUGGUUUACAAAGAGCCUUGACUUCAAGAAUCACAGAAGCUAGAGCCGAACGCGUCUACUCACCUUUAAGUAUAGAUCAAGCGCUAGACGCGAGAGAUGCUUUCGCCAAAGCUCUGUAUUCUGCCCUUUUCAAUUGGUUAGUGACGCGUGUCAAUUCAAUUGUCCAGCGAGGAGGACUACAUGAUGCGGCCCGAAUUUCGCUACUUGACAUUUUCGGGUUUGAGAAUCUAAACGAGAAUUCCUUCGAACAAUUAUGCAUCAACUAUGCCUCAGAAUCGUUGCAAUUGUAUUUCAACAAACACGUCUUUAAACUGGAACAACAGGAGUAUGCAAGGGAGCGUCUAGAAUGGACCAACAUGACUUGGAUGGACAACACGCCAGUCAUACAUCUCUUGGGCAAAAAACCAGUAGGUAUUCUCCACCUUUUAGACGACGAAAGCAACUUCCCCAGAGCUUCCGAUGCUUCGUUUUUGGAAAAGUGUCACUAUAAUCACGCCCUGAACGAGCAUUAUUGCCGUCCGAGAGUCGGAGGCCGGGAAUUUGGGAUUAGACACUUCGCGGGACAAGUGUGGUAUUCCGUUGACGGUUUCCUGGACAAGAACCGGGACGCUUUGCGUCCGGAAGUGGUCGAGUUGAUUUCAUCAAGCAAGGAACCGUUGGUUGCGUCCAUUGCCAAGCCUUUAAUCAACCAAACGCAAAGUCGUACCCUUCCGAAGGGCACCGAUGGCCGUUUUGUCACAAUGAAACCCAGAACCCCGACAGUUGCGGCCCGCUUCAGUGACAGUCUUCAGCAACUGUUAGAGUCCAUGGCUCGGUGCAACCCUUGGUUCGUCCGGUGCAUCAAACCCAACAACGACAAGAGCCCCAUGCGGUUUGACAUGCCGGUGGUUCUCGAGCAACUAAGAUAUGCAGGAAUGUUGGACACUAUUAAAAUCCGCCAGUCGGGAUAUCCGGUCAGGAUGAAGUUUCAGCAAUUCGUUGAGAGAUAUAGGUAUUUACUUUCUGGCGUGUUGCCAAGAGGUGCGCCGUAUAGAGACUUAUGUCGGGCCAUUCUGGAACAAAUGCCUUCCACGGGAGCUGAAGGUCCAGAUUACCAAUUAGGAGCAACCCGCGUCUUCCUCCGAGAAAACCUCCAACGCCAGUUGGAAGUGAAACGCUCCGACUGUCUCCGAGACUCGGCCAUCGUGAUCCAAAAACACAUCAGAGGGUACUUGGCGCGCAAAAACUACAAGAACCUCCGCCGCAGUACCGUAACAAUCCAGAAACAUUGGCGUGGUUACAAACACCGCAAACAAUUCAAAACAAUCCGACAUGGAGUCAUCAAAGCUCAAGCUCUUGUCCGCGGACGCAGAGAACGCAAGCGCUUCGCGCAAAGAAAAGCCGACUUCAAGCGACGCGUCGAGGCUGAAAAACUGGCUAAAGAACGUGCUAAACAAAGAGCCGCCCGAGAGGCACAACUACAGAAAGCUGCACCCAAAUCAAGCGUCCACCAUCUGGAAAUUCCAGCAGAACUGGCUUUCAUUUUCUCAAAAAUCGAAAACUUCAACCCGCCGCAUACUGAAAGAAACCUAAUCAAGGUUCUGGGCGGUGUCACUGGAACAAUCCCGCCGCUAAACCUACCGCAUGACUUGAACCAAUAUGAGUUCUCCCGAUUUUCCUCGGUUUACUUCAAGGGGGCCGACCUCGGGAUGCGGAAAGAACCAAUCACUGCACCCUUCCUGUCCAAGGCUGCGACUAGAGACCAGGAUUUUCAAGACGCAGUGGCGCUGUUUAAACUGAUUUUGCGCUGGUCUAACGACGGGCAGUUGAGCGGACCGCGCGAGCGGGCGCUUGCCGAUUUUAUCGUGUACAAGGCGCUGAAUUCGAGAGGAUUGAGAGACGAGUUGUUGGUGCAGUUGUGUAACCAAGUGUGGCGGAAUGAGAAUUCGGACCGGAUUUGGCAACUGAUGGCGCAUUGUCUCAGUUGUUUCCAGCCGAGCCCGCCAUUGAGCAAGUAUCUACUAAAAUUCAUAACCGACCACGCGUCCGCCAAUUACAAAGAAUUGCUGCAAAGGAAAUUGACGCGAAGUUUGCAGAAAGCACCACAUGCUCGCUCCCUUCCUCCGACUCUCCUCGAAUGGCGCAGUACCCGCCAGCGGACGAACACAGCCCUACCUUUAACUCUCCCUGAUAAUAACGUGGCUUCGGUCAAUGUUGACUCUUGGACGACUUGCGAGGAAGCCGCAUCUAUCGCCAUAAACUCGCUGGGCUUAACCGCCGAAGGCUGGAGCGUUGUGAUGGACGAUGCCGGUAUAGUCUCAGAAGGAAGUGGCUUGGACUACAUCAUGGACCUCGUAUCCGAACUAGAAUUAUGCCCCGCUUUUCCCAUAUCUAAAUCCUCUCUCCUUAAAGUCGGUACUCGCAGAGCAUCACCGGCCGAAAUCGAUCACUCACCCACGACCCCAACCCGGCCCCAAGUACCACCACCGGAACCCCCAACUCACCUCAAUCGGAAAAUAUCACGGGAAAUGGCCCGCCAAUCACCCCCUCACCACAAGUCGAACCAAGUGGCCUCCCGGAAAGUUUCCCGUGAGAGUCACCGUGAGUACUCACCUCCGGUUACUAGUACCCCAGCUAGGAAAUCCUCACAUGAGGCGCUUUCUCGCAAUUCUGCCCUGAACGAACGAUACUUUGAUAUAGAGAAAGUGAGGUCUCGGAGUUUAGAUAAUUUGUUGAGUGAGCCUGAACCGACCCCGCUCUCCGAUUUGGGUUUGAGUCAGUCGAGACUGAACGACCGGUACCACUCUGUUGAGCAGUUGGCGCCGAUUAAGCCAGUUUUGGCCAAUCAGAAUUACAUGUCGAAGCAAGAGAUUGAUUUUGAGUACCCGGACGUGUCCAGUGUUAGUACCUCACACCGGGGAGGUCCGAGGUACAUCAAGUCACAAUACACCGGCAAGAAGGCACCUCCAGGGUCACACUCGAGCCGUGCACAUAUCGAGAAAUCAGAAUUUGGAGUUAGGAGUUCGGCAAUGUCUGAUACUAGCGAAACUCCGAGUUUGGCAAGUCAUGUUAGAAGAGUGAGGGUUCCAAGCCAGGCGUCCGACGUUGACCAGUUUCUGGACGAGUUGUUCAGUCCAGUCCUUGACGGGAAUUUGGACGAGUUAAGCGAUGCUCGUUCCCUGGCUGCUAGUAUCAAAGGUGGGACACGGGACGACUAUUCCGAUUUUCUCGACGAUGUUUUGGGGGAUUCUCUUGACGAAUAUUUGGAUAUGUCUAAUGCUGGGUUCAUUGCAAGGAAAAUAAAGGGUGGGGGGCACCGGAACCGACGUGACAGUCAAGGUAGUUCCGUUCUGGAUCAGGAAGUUGAGAAAUUGACUUCCGGUACUUCACAACCAAACACAGCCAGGACUUCGGCCGAUAAAGGCAAUGUUGAUGAUUACAUUAGCGAUUUGUUUAGACCGAUUUUUAUAAACGAUAGUUUGAAAAACCUGACUGAGAAACACAAUUUGGUCGAUAGUAUCAAAGGUGGGGGUACUACCCAUCAACAAAACGGUGCUGGUCCGAGUUACACAUUCCCGACCAUUCCCGCACCCAUAGUGGGCUCACCACCGGUACUUAUGCCCUUGUUAAGUCCCACCCAGGAGGGUUUCAUGCCUGUUUACAACGUCCCACCUCCGAACGGUACCGACAUGGCCACAUACCAACAAAGCCUCCAGCGCGCCUUCCUCCAGUCAGCAAUGGCCCAGAACAUCCAAAUCCAACAACAACUCCUAGCGCAAAACCAAGCCUUGCAACAACUACUAACCCAACAAAUCCCAACCGAAGUCAAAGUCAACGAAGCCAUACAAACCACCGUUAAAGCCCAAGUCCAUCAAUCAUCACCCAAUCGUAAAUCAAGCUUCAAGACGUCUAACAGUACCCGGAAGAGCAGUUCUCCAAGCACAAACGAUUACAAAUCACGCAAAACCAGCUCCGACUCUAACAUGAGCAUGCGGAACGGUGUUCCACCCCCGCCCCCGAUGCCGCCGCCACUCGACGGAACCGACCCCAGCGAAGCCCGCCCGUUUCUGGACCCGUAUGGACGCGCCAAGACCGUCCGAAUCGGCAAAUGGCGGUGGCCGCCCCCGAAAGACGAAAAAGUGGCCGAAAACGGGGAGGAUUUCAUGCAGUUUAAGAUGCGCCAGAACCAGAGGAAAGUGACACCGGUUAGGGACCAACCGAUUGUGACAAACGGACACCCAAAAGUGGAGCAGUCGUCGGCAGAAUGGGAAGAAAUCGAGUUCGAACCCAUCGUGCGAGAGCCGGAACGGCCGACUAAAGUGAGUUCGAAGCGAUCUUUCGAGAUUGGCGCCUCCAGGCCAUCGCCAGGCAGCGUCGGCAAACUCAAACUCAGUUCUGAAAUGCGCCAAAGGCUCGAAAAAGUCACUGCGAACCACUCGGUGCGCUCGACGAGUAGUCACGUGGAAAAACCAGCCCGGGCUGUUAACAAACUGGAAGAUACGCGGAAAAUGAUGCUGGAGCAACAGCUAGCCGGGAGGUGGGGCGACGACUCUCAGGACUUACCCAGCGGGAAGUCAAGUCCAGUCACUCCGCCUCAUAUUAGUCACAACGGGAGCACCUCCCCGACCCAGCAAAGCUGGUCGAGUUCCAACUGGAAACCUGGCCCUCCCCCCCCUCCAAUCGGGCCCAACUCGCUUCCCCCAGCCCCUCCCGGGCCGGCUCCGCCCCCUCCCGUGGUCCGGCCCAAUCAACCCCCACUCCCAAUCGAGCCAGUGCGUGAAUCCUUCAUGGCCCAGCGCCAAGACCGGGACACUUUUGGCGUCCACCAAAACCGAGUUUUACAGAAUAAUUCCAAAAGGAACUCGUUUAGUGCCAAUUGGGAGGUACAGAGUGCCAUAACGCAUGAAACUCAAGACGAUAGCACCCAUUGGGCUAAGGAUGCACUAGAUUUAGACAAAACAGAUGGGCGGUUGUCGCGAGACAGCUGGGACCAAGCUGACUCAACAACGAUUACUUCGAGCGAUCAACCGCGAAGGAUUAUAAGUGAACGUUGGGAAACCGAAAGGAAGAGAGUUGGGAAGGAAACAGGGGAGAGACCGACGUUCAGAACACACCAGUUUAAUAAAAGCGCACAAGAGAGGGAGAAGAAGCAUUCGAUUGCGUCGACGCAAAUGACGGACAAGACGGACCGAAAUGACGUGCCAGAGUGGCCCGAAUUCAUGCGGCCCAUCCACACGCCGCCCCCGAAAUCGCCUGUGAUCCACCGGAGCCAGGACCAGGUCCAAACCCAAUCCCCCAAGACAACGCACCGACUCCUGCCUUUGGGCGCCUCGGCUUGUGUGACCUACAACCGGGUAUCGUGGCUUUUGCGCGUGAGAAAAGAAGUUUUCUCCCCGAACGAAGCUCUCGGCCCGCCUUCAAUCCUCCACUUGAUCUUUUGCCAAAUCGUUGGCGACGUCUACGGCCUCACCCCUUGUCUCCGACUCACCCAAACGGAAAAACGCGCUGGCGUUAACAUGUUAUCAGGGUACGGCAUAACCGCCGAAAACUACAAUAGUUCCCAUCGGGCCAACAUCAAGCGAAACGUGAUCGAGUUGGCCCGCACGUGGCCUUUGUACUUCGCCCGCUUGUUCCCAGUUUCAGGGGCGGCACAGUUAUCGGACGUCCAACUCGUGGCUGUGUCCCACUGGGGGAUCCACUUGGUCAAAAGGGAGCAGACCCACCUCCAGGUGCUCAAAUCGUUCCCUUUGAAAGACAUCGCCUCCUGCACCGCCCCCCGACCCACCACCGUCAGUUUCGACGGCCCCCAGGGCCGGCUCAGCCUCCACACCCCUCGGGCCCAACAACUGUCCGAAAUGGUGACAAAGUACUGCGCUGAGAAUCGCAAGUUACAAAUGAAAUUAUCGCCGCCGCAGAGAGUACCACCAGUCGAACAGCGCAGCGAAGUUUCGCCAAGGAAGGCCAACAAUGUGCCGGAAACGAGACUCGCCGCCUCUCCGACCGAGAUGAGAGGCGAAAUGAGGGGCGAAAGGGCGCAGUCCCCCAGCAGCCCUCUGCCCCCGACCGGGAAGUACUCCCUGAUGCAGUUCGCCAUGCACAACUUCAGGCAGACGGCCGAUUUGGAGCUCCUCAAGAUGGACUCUUCGAUCAAAUCCAAAGAGAAGCGCAAAGAAUGGACCUGGAAGCAGCAAACCGACCUGAUCAAGUGGCAAGGGACGCCCAUCGACGGCCCUCUGCUGCGCCUGGAGGACCCCGAGCUGGGCCCCCUGGCCGUUGAGUGCUUCGAGUGCAUUCUGCGGUACUGCGGGGACCUGCCCCUAACCCCGGAAAUGCCCGAAGUCAAGUGUGUCUACACAGUGCUGAUGCACUGCCACAAACACGCCCAAUUACGUGACGAAGUCUACUGUCAGCUCAUGAAGCAGACAACUAGUAAUAAAUCCGAGUCACCAGAAUCCUGCCAACGCGCUUGGAGACUCCUUUCAAUCGUUGCAGCGUACUUUGCUUGCUCGGACAAUCUCCUACCGUUUUUGACGGAACACCUCUCCAGCGCCGCUUCGGACAGACGUCGCGUCUGUCAUGGCACUGCGGCCGUCUGCCUUGCAAACCUCCGAAAGACCCAGCGGUGUGGAGGCCGCAAGAACGUCCCUUCCGUCGAGGAAGUGACAGCGGUUAGCGCCGGACGCAGUGCCCGCCGCCAAAUCUACCGCCUCCCUGGGGGAGCCGAACGCGUAGUCAACACAAGAUGUAGCACGGUUGUGGCCGACGUAAUCGCCGAACUGUGCAGUCUGAUCGGCGUCGGCACCGAAGCCGAGCAACAAGAGUUCAGUUUGUACUGCAUAGUGCAAGGGGACGCCUUCACCAUGCCUCUCGCCGCCGAUGAGUACAUCCUGGACGUCACCACCGAGCUGCACAAAGCCGCGCAGCCCUUCUACCUGAUUUUCUGCCGCUCGGUCUGGUACCACCCCCUCAAACACGAUGCUAGUCCCCUCUACACCGAAGUCCUGUUCAACCAAGUGGCCCCCGACUACCUCGAAGGCCUCCUCCUGCGCCUAGGCAACCCCAACCUCCCCCCCAGCGUCAUCCGCGACAUGGCCCUCAUUGCCGCGCUCCUGCACCGCGCCGCCGACCUGAACCACCCCCCGAGCCUCAAGGAAGUCAAGUUUCUGCUCCCGAAGCCCGUCCUGGGCCUGCGGGAGCCCCGGCCGCCGCAGUGGCUGGCUCUAGUCCAGACCUCCUGGGGGCAGGCGGCCGGCCUGCAAGUGGCGCGGGCCAAGCACCGCGUCUUGCAAAUCCUCAGCAAUUGGCCGCUGUUCGGCAGCAGCUUCUUCGCCGUGAAGCGCGUCUCGGGCGACUUGGAGAACUGGCAAGAGCAUAUUCUGGCGCUGAACCGCAGCGGGGUACACUUUCUGGACAUGACCAGUCACGAGACGCUGCAGCAUUGGCCGUUCGCCGAGGUGAUUUCGACCAGGAAGGUGCGGUCCGAGGACGGGGCCCUGUUUUUGGAUAUGAAGUGUGGGAAUUUGUUGCAGCAACGAGUGACGAGGUUGCAGACUGAACAAGCGCAUGAGAUUUCCAGGCUGGUUAGGCAGUAUAUUAAUCUGGAGCAGGCGAGCAGCGCGAGGAAUUAGUUAAGUGUAGGUUUAGGUUGUAUAGUCAUUGUUAACUUUGCUCACUUAUCCGUGUUACUCCCUUAUACGUAAUGGAAUUCUGGUAAUUGUGGAACGGAAAUUUCGAGGUUUGCUGUUGGCCAGUAAAGUCGAAAGUGGUUGUUCACAUGGGGUUAAUUGGUGGUUUCACAAUUACUUCAUUAUUUAUUGUUCAUACCCAGAAAAGUACGCAGUGUAUAUUAUUUGAUACUUAAUCAUUUUGCGACUGUUUUAGCUAUAAAUAUAUCUUUUAUUGUCUUCAUUCUGAUUCAACAAAAAGUUUCUUUUGUUGCAUGGGAAUUCGUUUGUUAAGUAAUAUGUAAUUAUGAGAAAACAUUAUUGUUUUUAUACACUUGAUGUGCAUUAUGGAAGGCCGGAUUUGAUUAUUUAUUAUUGAGAUACGAGUUAAAUCUCUCGAGAUUGAUUCAUGUCUGACAUUGGCGGCGGCCUUUGCGGAAUAUUCUGUACGUAAAAUUAUUGGUGUUUGUAUUUUCUAUUAAUAAAAGUAUUUUAUUGAA